AGGGAAACGAUCCACAGCUGCUAUGCAAGAUGUGAAAAUUCAGAUUCUUCGUCUGACCUCUAUAGAGCCGAGAGCCUCGGAAAUUCAGCAGCGUGCUAUUCACUGGACCGCUGUGCACGGAGGCUCCAGCACUCAUUGACUUGCUAGCAGCACACUGGAGCUUUCCUCUAUCCCCCUGUGAGGACCUCUCUCGAUUCUACCCUUUUUCUUCCUCUUCCUCUUCCUUUUUCUUCUCUCCUCUCUCCUUUUUAUUUCACCACUCUUCAACCAUAUUCACCUCUCUAUCAGCAUUAGAUAGAGGCUCUGCACUUUUAUCUCUACAUCAUCUGGAACCAUCUCAACUGUCAUCAAGUUUAUCAUCAUCAACGACCACACGAAGCCAUUCUUUCCUUGUGUCAGACUUCAAGAUGUGCAAGGAAUACACCACCAUCGCCAUUUGUGCACCCCAAAAGGCACCUUCUAUGUCUUUCACUUGCGGACAGCUCCACCAGGUAGUUGAUCGUCGUCAAGUCUGUGACAAGGCCACCGGUUCCUGUAUCUGCUUUGUGGGAACUUGUGGUACUCUUGAGACUGUCCCAUCCACCCUGAGCAUCCCGAUUGCAUCCCUGAAAUCAAUCCGAUGUGUGGCCUGCACUGCCCGUGAGGAAGAAAUUGGAGACCGACGAUCCAAUGAGGAACUCAUUGACUCGCCCCUCCUCACCAGAGCUGCUGUCAAGUCUCCAGAAGAUAUGCAACACUUCAAAGAGAUUAUCAAGAGUCUGUGGAAUGGGGAAGAGGAGUGUCCCUAUCAUACUAUGAUGGCGACUCGAGAGAAGACCAGCGACACCCCCAUCAUCACCAAACACGCGUCGGAUGUCGACAUCGGCAAAGACGCGGAUAUCGAUAUCUCCAUCGAGGUUCACACUGCCGGUCUUCAAGAAGACAUUGACGAUGGCAACAUUUCCGAGGCUUCGAGCAAUGCCACUCAUGGCAGUAACGGUAGCUUGACUAGUAACUUGUCUCAACAGAGCAACAAGAAGAAGGAUAACAGUGGCCUCGGUCGAAAGGUUGGCCUCCAGGCCAGCAUCUGGGCCAACGCCCCGGCCAAGACUCCCGAGCGUAAGAAGCACAUUGGCUCUCCUAAGUCCCGAAGUCCUGUCAAACGACAGAAGCCAGUGGCCCCUCAGGGACAGAAGCCAGUGGCCCCUCAGGGACAAAAGCCAGUGGUCCCCCAGGAACAGAAACCAGCUGUCGCCCAGGCAAAGAAGACGAAGAUGAACCUGCCCCAGAUUGCCGCGGCAAAAAGCUUUCUCAAGGCCGCCAUCGUUCAAAACUGAGCGGAAAUGUUUCUAGUUGGAGGAUGGCAAGUGUGGCUUUGGAAGGUUAAUGGACAGUGAUUCAGGGGUACUGUGUUUUACAGAGUUGGAUGGAUAGACACUUGAGAAGAGGGCUUAAUUUUGCCAUAGAAAGCCUAAUCUAUGCAUUCACUGAAUUGUAAUAACUGAG